UUGCUCAGUCUAACUGCCAGCAGUUUCUAAACACUGUAUGGUUUGGACAGAUGGCAGGCUAUCGACGGAAGCACACAUGCAAGAAAAUUUUGACUGUUUUGAUGGUUGGCAUUUUCUGGCCGGUUUUGUCCUUAUGUUACUUGUUAGCCCCUAAAUCUCGAGUAGGUCGAAUAAUUCAUACUCCUUUUAUGAAGUUUAUUAUUCAUGGAGCUUCAUAUUUCACGUUUCUGUUGCUACUUAAUUUGUAUUCCCUUGUCUACAAUGAGAAUAAGAAGAAUACAAUGGGACCAGCCCUUGAAAGAAUAGACUAUCUUCUGAUAAUAUGGCUAAUUGGAAUGGUGUGGUCAGAUGUUAAAAGACUCUGGUAUGAUGGUUUAGAAGACUUUUUAGAAGAAUCCCGUAAUCAGCUUAGUUUUGUCAUGAAUUCCCUGUAUUUGGCAACUUUUGCUCUCAAAGUAGUUGCCCAUAACAAGUUUCAUGAUUAUGCUGAAAGGAAGGACUGGGAUGCAUUCCAUCCUACCCUAGUGGCAGAAGGUCUUUUUGCUUUUGCUAAUGUUCUUAGUUAUCUGCGUCUCUUCUUCAUGUACACAACCAGCUCUAUUCUGGGACCACUCCAGAUUUCAAUGGGGCAGAUGCUACAAGAUUUUGGAAAAUUUCUGGGCAUGUUUCUUCUUGUCUUGUUCUCAUUCACAAUUGGAUUGACACAACUUUAUGAUAAAGGAUUUACUGUAAAUGAAGAAAAGGACUGUGCGGGUAUUUUCUGUGAACAACAGAGCAAUGACACAUUCCAUUCGUUUAUUGGCACGUGUUUUGCUCUGUUCUGGUAUAUAUUCUCCCUGGCACAUGUAGCAAUCUUUGUCACACGUUUCAGCUAUGGUGAAGAAUUACAGUCUUUUGUGGGUGCUGUUAUUGUUGGUACCUACAAUGUGGUGGUUGUGAUAGUAUUAACUAAACUCCUUGUGGCAAUGCUUCAUAAGAGUUUUCAGCUGAUAGCAAAUCAUGAAGAUAAGGAAUGGAAGUUUGCUCGUGCCAAGCUUUGGCUUAGCUACUUUGAUGACAAAUGCACGCUACCUCCACCUUUCAAUGUUAUUCCCUCUCCGAAGACUAUCUGUUAUCUUUUCAACAGUCUUAGUAAAUGGAUCUGCUCUCACACAUCAAGUGGCAAAGUGAAACGUCAGAACAGCCUAAAGGAAUGGAGAAAUCUGAAGCAGAAGAGAGAUGAGAAUUAUCAAAAGGUGAUGUGUUGCUUAGUCCACCGUUACUUGACUUCCAUGAGGCAGAAGAUGCAAAGCACGGAUCAGGCAACUGUGGAAAACCUAAACGAACUGAGGCAAGACUUGUCAAAAUUCCGAAACGAAAUGAGAGACCUGCUUGGCUUUCGAACUUCUAAAUAUGCUAUGUUUUAUCCAAGAAACUAAGGCCUAACUUUUAAAUGAAAAGUGUGUAGAUACCUAUAGGUGAAAGUGUUUACCUAAUUCUGUGGCCAGACCAAACAGAAGAUUAUUGCACAAUAAUACAUUUGAAACUGCAUUUGCAUGAGUUGCAGCUAGAUGCAGAAGUGGUGGAAAUAAAUGCAAAAACAGACAUAGUGAUUUUCUUAAGCUCUUAAUCUUAGUGUGUAUAUAAAAUUUGUAUAUAGGAAUUUUUUUAAUGUUCCUCAGGCUGUGGCUGUCGUAUUAGAGCUUCAUGACUAGCACAAUGUGUUUAUUUCUUCUAUUUUUGCUGUUUGUUCCUUUUUAAUACUUGUUUUUCAAGUUGUGGGAGAAGGUAGGCUUUUUAAAACAGAAAUCCAGCCUGUGUUUAUUUUUAAUAGAAAAGUCAGAUAUAGAAUAAUGGGAAAUUUCCAGCCCAGUUGGAAAUUAUGUUUGACU